UAGCCCUGUUACAGUGGUCUGCCUCCGACAAUCAACAGGGAUGGGACAGCCGCCUGUGGUGAUCCUCCAGCACCUGAUGACUGACAGGUAGUGGCGGUGCAAAGGCAAUGUUGUGCUGCCUGGUACAAUGAAGAAGAUAUUCAGCUUCACUAAGAAAAAGAAACACCCGUCCGGUACUCCUGACAACGGGAGUGUGCUUUCUGCUGGCUAUGAUCUAAAAGAAAAGGACCUCGGGAAGGUUCACAAGGCAGCCUCAGUGGGUGAUUUGGCCAAGUUGAAGCAACUUGCUAAAAAGAAUGAUAUCAAUCAACUUGACAAGGAGAACAGAACUGCACUUCAUAUUGCCUGCGCCAGUGGACAUGCCGAGGUGGUGCAAUUCCUUGUUGAGAGCAAAGCCAAGCUUAACCUAUGUGACAAUCAAAAUAGAUCCGCCUUAAUGAAGGCAGUGCAGGGCCAGCAUGAGCGCUGCGUGAGCAUAUUGCUGGAGAAUCAUGCUGAGCCUAACCUGGUGGACAUCAAUGGCAAUAUGGCCCUGCAUUUAGCAGCAAACAUCCCAUCCAUUCCCACUGCGGUCGUGCUACUGGAGCAUGAGGCUGACAUCAAUGCACAAAAUAAGGAGGGAUUCACACCGUUGACAGUAGCAGUCCGUGAGGAUCAUAUAGAGAUGGCUGAGUUUCUCCUCAAGGAGGGUGCUGGUGUGAAUUUUAUGGACCAAAGCCAAAGGUCUCCAUUAAUGAUAGCUGCUGGCAAUGGACAAAUCGGUAUGCUGCGGCUGCUGUUGCGGUUUGACGCAGAUAUAACACUAAAGGAUACCAAAGGAUGGUCAGCUGAUGACUAUGCAGUGAUGAAUGGGCAUCAUCCUUGUUCCCUCCUGAUAAUUGAGCAUAGCACCCAGAGGAAUGAGGGGCCCUCCCUAUCACAAGGUCCGAGCAAAAAGAAGAAACAAACACUGUUGGGCAGUCCUUCCCAAGACAUUGAAGCAGGCUUCUCUUUGGGAGGACCAGCCACUGACAAAGACGACUUUGAAGACAAUUCUCAGUCAGAGUCAUUAAGUCGGGUUUCAAAAAGUGCUGCAGAUGAAUGGCCUUCAUCAGAAGAUGAUGAUGAAUCAGUUUUAAUCGAAAAGAAACCACAGAAGGUAAACCUACGGAAAAUGAUUGCAUCUAAAAGAGGAGAAGCUUCUGCACUGCCUGACCGAUCCUUGAGUGGUUCAGAGUCUGAGCCAGAGAGUGAGAAUAGAGUCCAGAGAAUUCCAUCCCUCCUGAAGGCUUUACCAUCCAGCAAAGCCCCUCAGCUCCCAGUAGAUCCCUCUCCUGUUCCCUUUCUUUUCAAAGCACCCCAGAUGACUUCUAGCCCUCUUCCAAGCUACAGAAAGAAGGAAGAUUCCACUGGAGAUGAGGAUGAGCAAGAGGAGGAGAGAGAUGAUGAUGAUGAUGAGAAGGAAGAGGAGGAAGAAGACAUCUCAGAUGAUAAUGAUCAACCUGAAGAGAGUGGAGAGUCCCUUGAUGCCACUUCACCUGUUCCUGAGACAGAAGUCUCCAAAGAUAAGAAAAGAGAUUUCCUCUCUGAGCUGGGUCUCGAGAAAGCGGAUGAGGAGCAGGAUUCUUGGGACUCUGAGUCCCACUCUGACAAAGCCAAAAUGCCACAUGAAGAGAGCCAAGGCUUACACACUCAGGAUCGUGAGGACAAGUCCACUGUUGAAGAAGAGACUCGAGACAACUUCUUUUACAUUCCCUCUUUUUUGAGAGGGGAUGGAGGCAAUAGGAUGGCAGUCGUAGAGCUUCGGAGGAGUGUAGGCAGGCCAAGAGGCAGCAGGGGAGAGGUUGGAAAUGAUAAUGGAGACGAUCAUCAUGAUAAAGAUGAUACUAUACAAAAAGAGACUGAAAAGGCAAAAUGGGAACCACUUCGUGUUUUGAGCAAACUUGAAGGGGACAAUGAACGAAAGACUGACUUAAUGGAAGAGCUUGGCCUGGGGGAUGUUGAUGAUCUUGAGGAUGCAUCAGACUGGGACUCCGCCAGCACUACCAGUAAGAGAACCCUUCCUGGCCGCAGACUGGCCUCCCCUGGACUUGAGGAGUUCCCAGAAUGCUCCUAUCCAUCUGUUAAAGAACAGGAUGAAGACGUUGCUCCAGCAGCACCCCCAACACCUCAGAGGAGCAUCAGCUCCAACAAGACACUGCCAAGCACACCUUCCCAACCCGUGCCCCAACCUCGAGCAAGGAGGAUGGUGUUUCAGAAACCUGAGAGUGAAGAAGAUUCAGAUUGGGAACCAGACAAUAUGAGACCUCCUUGCAGUACAGUGCAAACUGACAAUCAGCUGCAAAACAUAGCUGAGCCUCAGGCAGUGGUUACACCAGGUUCCCCUGAGCUCUCACUGAUGACAAGAGAUGGUAAAAGUAAUGUGGAGUCUGACAAGCAGCAGCAAAAGGAGAUAGAUGAUGCAGUAGACACAUGUGAGUUAGAUCUAAAUAACCCACACCCAUCUGGCCAUGUGAGCUCUGAAGGUGGAGUACAGGACAAGGACUUUAAAGAUCAACGCAGUCCUGAAGAAAGAGGUGAAGCGGGGGAAAACAUCCCGUGGGAGAAUCGUUAUGAGAAGCUCUGGGUUGAGGUGGAGAAAAGGGAGGUAAAAUCCACCUUCAAGAAUGUUGCUGGUGAAUUAAAAGAGAAGUUUGGAGAACUACUUAAAUCAAGACAUUCUGCGGGAGACGCCACAGAAGAACAGGCCAUGGCUGAAUCAACUUCUGCAGAAGAAGAGUCAAGCGAUGACGAUGAAGGGGAAGUCAUUGUGCGUCCAAUGGCCAGAGCAAGGAGUACCGUCCUUCUCACUAUACCUGAGCAGAGGGAGUCUGGACUGGAAGACUCUGCAACAGAGUCAACAGACAACUCCUUACGUGAGGACAGAAUGCAGGUCUGUAUGACUCCAGCAAGUAAGAGCCGCAUGUGUCGAGAUCCAAGUCUACUGCCUGAUAAUGCUCUGGAAAGGUUCAGGUCUCCCUUACCAAAACCCACCACAGCACAGAGAGACAGCAGCAUAGACCCUGUUCCCAGAGCUUUUAAUGAUGAUCAUACCAUACCCACAUGUGAUGUUGACUGUAGGACAUUCUCAAAAGAUGAGGCCAAACUUGGGCCAUUAGAGAAACAACAUCUGGACCUUACGUGGAAGGAAGACACUGCAGAUGUAACUGAGAAGAACAAUGCGAGUUCAGAAGAGGAUCCUGAGGAAUUCACCGGGUCUCGCUCUCCGUCACUAAGCAGACGUUCAGCAUCUAUCCCGGGUGUUUCUGAUGAGGACCUGGAAGAGGACAAGGAAAGAUUUAAACUUGAGGUAGGGAUGCUGAAGGUUGUCUUCCUGGAUUUGGAGAAAGAAAAGGCCCGACUCAACAAAGAGGUUGGCAAAAACACGACAAAGACUGAGAUGGAGGUGGAAAAAUCCAGUACUUCCUGGAAUACUGAUGGAACUACAUUGGGAGACAUGGGUACUAAGAAACCUGAGACAAGGUUAGGAUGCCUGUCAAGUCAAGCCAGAGCAGUUCAGCAGGAACAGCAGCCUGCAGCCACCAAGAGCACCAACGGGGCGCCAGUGCAAUUGCAUCUCCCGCUCCAGCAGACCUACAAUAGCAACAAACAGGAGGGGCAAGCUGUAGAGGAGACCUUACAGCUGGAGCUGGUCAGAGGGGCCCGGCGCAGCAGAGCCCCUCAGACCAACACUCAUGUCAAUGGAGACCCUCUCUCUGUGUUUGAUGAUAGCACUUUAAGUGAAGUGUCGGACGAUGAAGGAAGGUUUCCAACCAGUGGACAACAGAAAAUUGAGAACCCUAAAGAAGUGGAGAUGGCAGAAGACUUUGAUGAACUUACUCAGUCAUCAGACACAGCCACAGAUGACAUCGACUCUCCCACUUCAGGCUACCGUCACGCCUCCCUCCUCAUUCAGAAGCUCGAUUCAGCCACUCUGGACUCCAGAAGCAUGGUGAAGCUGCAAAACAUUUUCCAUGAAUAUGAGCGCUCCAUCCAAAAGGCACGGAGUCGCCAUGGGUACCUGGCAGACAAGGUGAGCACGCUGGAAAUGGAGAGGUCGGAGUUGAAAGGCUCUCUGGAGGAAGUCAAAGAUGUUAAAUCUGCCUUGGAGCGCAGCCAGCUGGAAUUGCAGACUGAAGUCACAAACCUCAAAUUUCAGCUGAAACAGGAGCAGGAAAAUCGCCGCAAUGCCACCAUGAUGUACAACACGACCAGAGAUAAGCUGAGGAGGACGGAGGAGCAGCAUCAGUUGGAGGUGCAGGAGCGACAGAAGGUUGAGCUAACCCUCAGAAAUCUGGAGCUGGAGAUGAGAACGCUGGUCAACAGCAUGAAACAGCUUGAAGAGGACCACAGUGAGACUCAGAGACUGCUGGCUCAGGAGCGGAGUGCUCGGACGCUGCAGGAGAAUCUGCUCAACAGCCAUCUUCGUAAGCAGCAAGAGAUAGAAGACGAGAACAAAAGAAACAUUAGCAAAAGCAAUGAGGCCUUGUCUCAGCUCACUGAGGCCAGUGACAGAGAGAGGGAGUUGCUUCAACAGACUGCUACCCUCCAGGAGCAGCUAACCGUCCUGAGAACAGACCUCGAGCGUUCGCAGGCCAAUAGCAGUCUCAAAGAGAGUCACCUUACAGAGGAGAAUGAGGCCCUUAAGGAACAGCUGGAAGAUGCUCGGCGAGAUCUCAAACUCAGCAGUGAGGCCCUGACCCAAACUGUCUUCAACUGCAAUAACCAGGUGACCGCCCUGAAGUCUGAGUUAACUAUAACAACAACCCGUCUGGAAAAUGAGCGGCAGACUCGUGAAACACUGGAUGCAGAGGUUGAGUCCACUCGUACGCGCCUGGCUGGAGCCAUAAAGGAGGCAGAGCUAUGCCUGGCAGCUCACACAGAGACAGAGAGAGCUCUGCUCCGGGAGAAAGAGGAACACCAGCGUCUUAAAGACAAACUCACAGGUGAAACAGCCAGUCACCGUGAGGCAGUCAGCGGCCUUUCCCAGAAGUUGGCCAAAGCAGAGACUCGUGCAAACAGCCUGGAGAAUGAGGUUCAUCGGGCCACGCUGCAGCUGACAGAGAAAGGCCUCUUGCUGGAGGUCCUACAGCGGGAGAAGGAGCAGGCGGCUGCUCGUGUCAAGGAGCUAGAAACAGCUCUGCAAGCUGAGAGGGAGGUGGUCAGCCGUGCGGGUGCACGGCAAGAGGCCACACAGGAGCGACUAGCUCAAACCCAGAGUGAGGGCAUGUUACUGCGGCAGCAGCUAGAGGAGGCCCAAAACAAAGGAGUUGCAAAGGAGCGUGCUGUGACAGAUGCCCAAGAACGCUUCAGUGACAUUCUGUCCAAGCUGCGCUCUGACUGUGAAGAGAGAGUGCAACUAGUGGAGGAGAGAAACAAAGAGCUCGCCAGUAAGGCUGCCGAUCUCCGAGAUCAAGUCUACAAGUUAGAGGAAGAGAAGAACGAAAGAGAGACUAGUCUGAGGAAGCUACAGCAGGAGCUAGCCGACUCACUCAAGAAGCUGUCAAUGAGUGAAGCUUCUCUGGAGGUCAACACACGCUACCGCAAUGACCUGGAAGAAGAGAAGGCUCGUCUCUUUAAAGACUUGGACAGGCUCAAAGGAAAGCUGGAGGAAAGCGAACACCAGUAUGUGCAGGCUGAGAGACGCAUUAACAGUCUAAAGAGUAGUCUGGAUGAAAAGGAAAAGGAACUCAACACUGCUGCUCUGAAACACCAGGAGGCGCUGUCUGCCUCAGGAGCCUCUGAAACCACCAUUAAACAGCUGGAGGAAGCUGUGCAAAGGCUCGAGAUAGAGAACGCCAGACUGGAAGCUGCUGCCAAACAACAGUCCAACAAAAUUGAAGCACUACAGAAAGGAGCUGAGAAAUCUGCCAGGCUAUCUGACUGCUCGCCUGGAGAAGGGGUCAGAAGUCAUUUGGAAGACUUGGUUACAAACCUCCAAAGCAGUAAGAUGACUUUGGAAGACCAACUCAGUCAAGAGGUCCAGAAGCAAAGCAUGCUGUCUCACACAGCCCAGAACUCUCAGGCCAUGUGGGAGGAGGAGCUGAAAGGCCGCUCUAAGUUAGGACUGCGCCUGGCGGAGCUUGAGAAGGAAAAAACAGACCUGAACACCCAGAUGGAAAUAGAAAAGAAGAAAGCCAAGAAAAUAGCAGAGCAGAAGAAAGCCAUUGACACCCGGUUGGAUCAAGAGAUGAAAAGAAACACAGAACUCCAAAAAGAAAUGUACAGGUUGCGUACUUUAUUGAAGACUGCAAAAAAGAAAUUGCGGGAUCAGGAGACAGGUGGGGCUGAAUUUGGCUCUCCUAUGGGCAGUCUACGGAUGGACCUGGGCAGACACAGCCAGGCUGAGGGUGCCUUUGAGCGCAUGAAGGAAAAGGUGGACGAUCUGCAGGCGCAGCUGGAGAAGGAAGGGUCCCGUCGCAGCCAGCUGGAGAAGGUGAACGGGGAGCUGAAAGAUCAGCUUGCCUCCUUAAAGAGCAUGGGUCGCAGCAAUGACCACCUAGAGAGGAGUAAAAGGCAGUUGGAGGAGGAGGUGCUGGACCUGAGACGUCGAAUGGAGGCCACUCAGAUGGAGCAGAGCCAGGUGGAGCAGUACCGCCGUGAUGCAGAGGAGAGGGCGCGGAAGGAGAUCCAACAGAAACUGGAGCAGGUCAACAACUUCCUGCAGAACCAGGCAGCAUCCCAAGAGGCUCUGGAUCAGAUAAAAGCGGCCAAUGAGGCCAACCUGCGCUCCCAGCUGGAGCAAAAGAUCCGUGAGCUGGAGGGGGAACUGACCCGGGCCCGCACUGUCCAUCAUGACAGCCUUAACCAAAGAGAAUCCACGCGCACUGAGCUAGAACGAUACCACCAACUCUACAGAGACGAGCUGCGCCUCCGCAAGUCCCUGGCUGCCAAACUAGAGAGGGCCAACGGUCGGCUCGAAGAAGCCAAUGCCAAGUUGCUCAAUGAGCGCAGCAGGUCUCUGAUUACGAGCAGCAUUGCCAACGGUAGCCUUGUAGGGCCCUCGCUGGAUGUGGGCUCUUUAGCUUCACCAGCACACUAUGGUGCCACACUGGGGCCCCUCAACAGGAGCCUAGGCCUGGGAAUCUCCCUUCUCAGCCCUGUGACUGAGGGGCAGAACAGCAGGGUGGAGGACUACCUAACCAGGAUGCAGAGUGAGUUGGACAAAAGCAUAUCAAGGGAAUUAAACAAUGCCACAGCAGAGCUGGACGCUGCUUCAGCCCGCAUGUCACCGGUGGGCUCGGUCUCGAGGGUGGAGCUGGACCCAGUCAGCAGGGCAACUCAGCAGUACUUAGAGGUACUAAAGAAGAACAGUAUGAUCUGAACACAAACCAUAGCUGCUCACAAUUAAAUAUUUUUCAGCCAGUAACAAAGUUAAAGCCAGCGGCCAUUCAUGUAACACAAAUAAUCCAACUUUGUACCGAUUUACACUCCCUUCUUUUAUUAAAGAAAGCAAACAUAAUGCACAUUGCACUUAACCACUCAGGAGCAAAGGGCAGGAGUCAUAUAGUAUAUGUUGCGUCAUUGAUGGGUACAAUUAUAGAGAACCUCGAAAGUAUUUCUUCUAAUUCUGUUCAAUCUGUAACUGUUUUGUUUCUAUUAGCACAAUAUAUAUAUAUACAGAGUCCUGGUUUUGAUUUCUAUUUGUGAAUAUUGGUGUUGCUAAAUUUUUGAGUAUUUGAUGUAUGCAUCAUUAAUUUUGCCAAGAUAUUACAUUUGGUACGUGCCAUCAAAUGGUGCAAUAUCUGUCUUGGUCUUAGACUCAUUGGAGUAUUGUGUUUAUGGUUAUUUUAUUUAUUCAUUAAUAUUUGUUUUUAUGAUCAUGAUAUACUUGAAUAAGACGAGCUGGAAUCCUCUCUGGCUAUUGAAACAGGGUGACUACAUUCGUAUAACUGUCCUUUCAGCUUUUGGUUGGCUUGCUUUUAGGGCCACCAUUAGUCACACACACUUGUUUUUUGUGUAUUUUCAUUAUUCAUAAAUACUGUAACAAAAUACAUAUAGGAAAACCUUUAUGACACCUGUACAUUACAGAAGACUCUAAACUUGUAAAUAAAAAUGAAAAACCCUAAAAGACCCAAUAAAAUGACCAGGGACUUAU